GAAGAAGCUGGGUGACAGGCAAGAGGCAGUAAGGCUAUCGUUGAACAAAACCAGGAAAGGAGCGUGGAGUCCUGUGGAAAAGAGCAGCUGUGAGAUGCCUCGAAGAGAGCCUGCCAGCUACUCCUGCGGAGACCUGAAGGUGCUGAGCUUUAGCUGAGGAUGGCAGGAGAUUCUAGAGUCCUCAUGGACCACGACAUGGAGAUAGGAGUGACACCUGGACAGGUGAAGAAGCUUCCCAAACACUUACGGGAGGCCCAGAUCUCAACAGAGCGCACCCACUUGAUUUCCGACCCGGUGAAGAAGCCACGUCAGCGAUACGUGCAGAAGGAUGGCAAGUGCAACGUUCAUCAUGGAAACGUGCAAGAGACCUACCGUUACCUCAGUGACCUGUUCACGACGCUGGUGGACCUACGCUGGCGUCUUAGCCUGUUCAUCUUCACUUUGGUCUAUGUAGUCAACUGGCUUUUCUUUGGCCUGCUUUGGUGGCUGAUCGCACUUAUCCGUGGAGAUUUGGUGCACGCUGAUGAAGAGGGCUGGACCCCCUGCGUGGAGAACCUCAACAGUUUUGUCUCGGCCUUCCUCUUCUCCAUCGAGACAGAAACCACCAUUGGCUACGGUUAUCGUGUAAUUACAGAAAAAUGCCCUGAAGGUAUCAUCCUGCUUUUGGUGCAGGCCAUUCUGGGUUCCAUUGUCAACGCCAUGAUGGUGGGCUGCAUGUUUGUCAAGAUCUCUCAGCCAAAGAACCGUGCCGAGACUCUCAUGUUCUCGCACAAGGCUGUUAUAUCGGUGCGAGACAACAAGAUGUGCCUGAUGUUUCGGGUGGGGGACCUGAGGAACUCUCACAUCGUGGAGGCAUCGAUCCGAGCAAAGCUGAUCCGUUCGCAGCAGACCAAGGAGGGGGAGUUCAUCCCACUCAACCAGACUGACAUCAACAUCGGUUUUGACACGGGUGAUGAUCGCCUGUUCCUGGUGUCACCACUCAUCAUCUCCCACGAGAUCAAUGAGAAGAGCCCCUUCUGGGAGAUGUCGCAGGCGCAAAUGGAGAAGGAGGAAUUUGAGAUUGUGGUCAUCCUCGAGGGAAUGGUGGAGGCCACAGGGAUGACGUGUCAGGCAAGAAGCUCCUACCUGGACACAGAGGUGCUGUGGGGCUACCGCUUUACACCUGUGCUCUCGCUGGAGAAGGGCUUCUACGAGGUGGACUACAACAACUUCCAUGACAUCUACGAGACCAACACCCCCUCCUGCAGCGCCAAGGAGCUAGCCACGAAGCUUCGGGAAGGCCCGCUGCUUCCUCAGCUGUCACUCCUCAGCCCUGAGCCCAAAACGCACAACCUUGACCCCCUGGACCGUCUGUCCAUCCGGGACCCACUAACCGGUAAUGAAGACAAGGAGGAAGGAGAGGCAGUGGGUGACAGGGGAGAGACCAAUGGCUCGGCUGCUGCUUUGGAGGAACCGCCGCUGGCUGAUGGACUGCCUGACUGAUUGACUGGUCCAGCUAAACCCCCAUGAGAGACUGGACAAGUGGACAAUACGAUGCUUCAUUUAGUCAAUGGCCAGCUUGUUCCAUUGCAUCGCUUGGAGAUCCAAGUUAUCCUCCCCCAGCCCGAAAGUGUCCCCCAUGCAAUACUCCUCUACUAGAGUGUCAAUCUAUAGUAUAGAUUGGUUUUGUAGACAAACAGGUACACAUACACAGACACACAAGUAUAUGUAUUAUGUACACUUAAAGGUCCUCGGUGGGUCGGAUUGUCUUUUUAUAAUCGCAACGACCACUUAUUGCUAUAAAAGCUCAAGUUAUAUAAUGUAAACCUGAGCUGAAACUGGUAGCCAUAUGAGAGUAUCAUGGGCUUAUUAUGGAUACUCCAAUAUCCCCAUUUUAGAGUGUGUUGAUUCAGCUUCAUUUGAGCAGAGUGUCAAUCUCAUAACUCAGCUAAUGUGUCUGGCAGCAGCUCCUGCGUGGUCCUGGAAUGUUGUUAAUGAUGAUUUUUAAGAUAUGUGGGAGACUAUUAUUUCUAGGCUUGCUGUAGUUGACAUAGGCAAGACAAAGAUGUAGGAAAAUGUUCUGUAACAGGCUCUGUGUACUGGGUAGCGCCAUCCAGCUUUGUUUUCUUUGUUCAAAGCCAUCUUCACAGUUGUACUGUCAUAAACACGUUCAUUAUGUGCGUCUGACUGUCUCCCCAACACACUGGGAGCUCUGACCCAAAACCAGCAAGUACCUCAUUUUGAUACUCAUGAUCAGGGUUUGAAAUUAACAGUAGCUACUAGGCUGCAAAAAAAACUUGGCUGUGGCUGCCAAGUCUAUCACUUCUAUAAGCCACCUUGCCUGGUAGCCAAAUCUGAGUCUGACUCUGAAUUGAAGUCUGACUAUUCAAAAACUGUUUUUGGCUGGUUAAAACGUGAAUACCCCCUCUCGCUGUAGCCAGUUGACUAAAUAUCUAAUUCCAUGCCCUUUUCAUGAUAUAUAAAGCACAAUUUGAUGAAACGACCCUGUAAUGAACUCACCACCCACCUAGCCACUGCUGUCAAUGCAUGUCAGUCCUGAGCAAAAAUGACCUUCAAAUGUAGAUUUAAAUAUUUAUAUUAAAUAUUUAUGCUCAGCUACUAUCUGAAAUGUGCUUGAUUUUGUUCACCAGGGACAUGAAUAUUUCAAAUGAUCCUCAAGCAAAAUAAAAUAACCCAUGUUCCCUUUUAUUCUUUUAUGUUUUGUUAAGGUUGUUUUUAUCUAUUUAUUUAUUUAUUUAAAACAUAUUCAACCUUGAUAUAUUUCAGUUGCAUGAAGGCUGAUGAUGCAGAUAAUAAGAGCAGAUUUCUGUGAUGUCCAAUAUCUCCAGUCUAAAGUUAUGUCUUUAUUUCCAUCUGCUGUGGUGUUGGUCUUCUUUGAAGUUACUUCCUUGGCUUCACCUUUAGAUUUGUUGUUAUGAUUAGAUGCCCAAACACAUUCAGUUCAAUCUGCACUUUGGCCCCAUUUCACGAAUUGCCCCUGGUGUCUUUCUGUUUGAUGAAGUGUAUGGCCCGUGUGACCACUGUUUUGGAAGCCCACACUUGUCCUGUGAGGGACAUAGCCUACAGUAUUGUUUUUAAAUUUUCUUUCAAAGGACACGUGUCAGAGCCUGCAUGCACGAAUUAGCCCCCUCCCCCUCGCAUUGUAAGUUUAAUACAUUACUAAAUACAGGGUAUUUUUUAGGCAUGCAAAUUAUAAGAUUUUUACAAUAUAUUAUCAGACAAUGUGUUAAUAGCCAAAAUAUCAUUCAAUGAAAUAAUUAACAAUGGGAUAUCUGAUUCUUCACUUUAACUCUCCCAUUCCCCAAGUUAAUAUUGAAUUGCAUUUUACAGAUUCUUCACUGUAUUCAUUUUCACUGUGACAUUAUAGUGUCAUAUGUAUACCAUUUGCAAAACGAUACCUUUGUCAUUAGAGAUCAUCUUUCAUUGCUUGAAUGUCAUCUGUUUUCUGUGUGUUCUCAUGGGAAUAAACAUAA